CACAGAGUUAGGUCAGGUGUAUAAAAGCGAGGACCGUCCUCCCAGAGCUACGAGAAUCUUGCAGGUCUUCCGCCGGACACACCACAACGUGAAUACUCCUCCCAUGGAUACGAUACUUAAGACUGUCCUCCUCCUGUCCUUCGCCACCUUGGCAAGAGCGGGAAAUGUCUUCGGCGGCGGUUACCAAGGAUUUCAGGGUGCCGGUUUCCGAGGCCCGGGAUUGCAGUCUGGCGGCUACCGUGGUCCCCUCUUUGCCGCGGCUGCUACUCCUGGACUCUCCGCCGGAGGUGCCUCUUACCCUCCUCAACCUUACAGCUUUGGCUACGACACGACCGACGAGUUCGGUACCCAGCUUUUUCACAAGGAGCAAGGCGAUGCCAGCAACGCCAAGACCGGUUCGUACGGCUACCGUGAUGCCAAUGGGCUCUUCCGUACGGUGAAGUACGUAGCGGACGCCAACGGCUUCCGAGCUACGAUUGACACCAACGAGCCGGGAACUGCUCCGGGAGCCAGUGCCGAUGCCGUUUUCAACGCGAAUCCUGUUGCCGCCCCAGCAGGCGCCGGAAAAGGUGGAGCAGGUCGUUAUGGAGGAGCGAAGGCUGCCGCGUAUGGCGCCGGUGCUGGAGGUCCUUGGGCCGGCUAGUCACCUGUAUUGUUAUAGUGAUGGACAAAUAAUUUUAAUUGUUUCGUGCAGUUAUACCUAGGGGAAAGUAACAACAGUGAUUGUGCUUGAAG